AGCGGCGGCAGCGCUUAAGCCGAGCUCGGAGAUUUUUUCGUAACAGCAGAGCGGCUUUUUAUUCGUUAAUUACCCGUCGAGCGGGCCAGAAGUCCGAGCAGAAGUUCGAGCACUCGAGCGGUCGAGCGUUCGAGGAAAGCGCUUAACGGAAGUGCAGAAAACGGGUAGCUAAUUGAGCACACCUCACCGGCGACACCUGACACCUGACACUUACUUGGUGGUAAAAACAAAUCGGAAUCGGCCCAAUUGGUGUACUCACUGCAACGAAAGCAUAACUUUCUUCAGAAGCCGUGCGUUAAUGUCUCAAUUUGUCGUUUGAGUUGGCCAACUGCAGUUGCCUUUCGGCCGCGUUGCCUUCACCAUCGCCCAAAGUUCUGUGUUCUGUGGCGCGUGUGCUAAAUUCCGGGGAGCCUCAGUUGUCCAGCUGCCCAGUGAGUGAUUCGAAGUUUAUGCUAAUCGGUGGCGCGAAUAACUAAUGCCUUGGGUGUCAAACGUUAACAGCGUUUCGCAAUAGACCAGACACCCGCAUAGCCCAAAACGUGUUCACAUAACGAAACCAAUCAGCAAUCAGCAGACAGAUCUUAUCAGCCGAAAUGUUGUUUUGGAAACGUCUUCGGCGAUCGAGCAGCUCAUCAGGCACUGUCACAGCUUUGCCAACCUAUCGCCAGAGCAACGGCGAUGCCUCCUCCACUGCCGAUCCUUCACCCGAGGAUCUCCAACUGGGCUACGCAGAUGCUGGGUCCUUAGAGCUGCAGGCCCAGGAGAACGACUACGUGCUCGAGGAAUCCGCCCUGAGGGUGCCCCUUUCCCCGCCGCCCAACUACUGUCCGCUCCCCUUGACCCCGCCACCCAGUUACUCGGAGAGACCAAGACCAAGAUUAGGACUGCAGCACAGGUCGCAUCCCGCAGAAGCACUGCAUCCAGCCACACCGGCGGUGGUGUUGGUAGUACCCCCAUCUGGAGCCACUGCAUCGGCCAGCGAACUAGCAGCUCGUCAGCAGGCGAGACGGAGGAGGCGACUCCGGGAACUGCAGCAGCAGCAGCAGCAGCUGCAAUUUGCCUCCAGCACAGAUAGCUCCAGUAGCUCCGAGUCCAGUUGUUCGGAGUUGGGAAGCGGAGGCAGUGCCACCAGACGACAGCGUCGACGCAGGAGGGGAUUGAGGGAUGCCUAUUGUCCGGAUCUGUUGAACGCCUGCUCCCUGAUUCUGCAGCAACCCGGCAGCAGUGACAGUUCCGUGGGCAACUUCACGGCCACGCCCCCGCCUUCCUCGAGAGCAGCCAAUAACCAGGAUCACCAGGAUCAGGAUCAGGAGAGCUUCGAGUACAGCUCGGACUAUGUGGAGAUCGACGAGCUGCUGCCUCUAGUGGCCGGCGGACGAGCGAAGAGCACUCCGCAGCUGGCGAUGGGUCAGAACCUGAGCCUCCGACGGCCGCGCAUCUCAUUGACCUGGGUGCUCCGAGAGCAGCAGCAGCAAACGCAGCAAACGGCUCCGCAAUCGCAAUCGCAGACUCCUCCUUCCCCGCAGAAGGAACCACCUCCCUCGGCAAGGGAGUCCGAUGGCCAGGUGGAUCGCAAGGAGAACGAGGCAUUCCCGGCCAGAAGCGAUCCGGUGCCCACCCAGCUGGACGUCACCAAGAAGCGCUAUCGAGUCAAGCAGCUGCCGAGUGGCGGAGAGCCGCUCAAUGGCUACGCCACCACGCCCACCGCCCACCAGGCACCGGGUAACGGGCACCUGGCCAACCAGAAGUUCUUCAGCAACCAGAACCUGCUGGACGUGUCGCGGAGCGGACCGACCGGAGCUCCGGUGGCCGCCGCCUCCACCAAAGAGCUGCUCUUCGUGUGCACGCCCCAGAGGGCGCCGCGGAGCGAUGGCCACAGCGAGGCGCUGCUCCUCGCCAGGAAGCGGAACGAGAUCCGCAAGAAGCUGGCCAACCGGCUGCAGCAGGCCAGAUCCAGCGGAUCGCAGGCGGGCGAAGCGAGGGGAUCGGUCACGGGAGCCGAGUCGCUGAAGUGCACCUCCUACUCGGAGCCCAGCUUGGUGGCAGCCUCGGAGGGAGGCGGAGUCACUGGCUCGGGAGGAGGAGGAGCCGCUGCCCCCCAGCAGCAGAGACGCCACAGGCACCGCAAGCGGAGGGACCGGAACCGGGUGCAGAGGUUCGGCUAUGAGAUCCAGAACGUGGACGAGUUCCUCUCCCGCUGCUCGCUGGCCACGCCGGGCAACAUUCCCGUGGUCCUGGCCACGGCGAGCACCCUCUACCAGACGCGACCCGGUGGCUACCAGCUGGAGAUCCCCCUGCCGCUGGGCAUGGUGGUGAAUGCGGUGUUCAAGAACCAGAACUGGCUGUAUGUGCAGACACCCCAUGCGGAGGAGGGCUACGUGGGCUACGCCUGCUGCCUGCCUCUGGGGAUCCUGCCGCAGCAGGCGAGGAUCGGGUCGAGGAACACCCCCUGCUGGGAAUCGAAUGCCGAUGUGUUUCCUCGCCCCUGCGGCAACAUGACGGAUUCGGAGAAGGAGAUCCGGCUGCGGGGAGGAACCCGUUCCGAUGGCGCCCGCACCCCGCGAAGCACCAAGCCCACGGAGGAGGCCCUCAAGAACAGCAGCACCACCAUCAACAUCAACAACAACAACCACAGCAACAGCAACAACAACAACCCAACGAAGGGCGGGGGCAGCACUACGAGCUCCCUGUACGGGGAGCACCAGGUGGACAAGCUCUACCUGCGGGCCGCCUCCAAGCCGCGCCUCGUGGAGAAGGCGUACGCCCAGCUGCGCUCCACCCGCCAGGUGGCCGCCUCCGGCUCCGCCUCGGCCAAGAGUGGCGCCUCCCAGGACGAGUACGUGACCCUGCAGCAGAAGUCCAAGCAGAAGCAGCCCGCCGCUGCUGCCCAGAACCAUCUCCACCAAUCCCAGCCAGCGGCGCGACGGCUGUCCAACGUGUCGUACAUCACCAACGGACAGAAUGGACAGCAUCUGCAUCCAAAGCUGGCACACCUGCCGCCCUACGAGCAGAAGAAUCAUCAGGGGAAUCAGGGGAAGGCGGAGGUGGAGGCCACCACUUUGAAGGCUCUGCGCCGCCAGCAGGAGGUGGGCCAGCGGCAAACUCUAGUCGCCAUCAACACGGACUACAUCACGGAGAGCAUCGCGGUGCACAAGGGCGAGAUCGUGACCCUCUGCGAGUGCCGCGAGUCCAAGGAUCAGCGCCAGUGGUUCUACGUGCGGACGCGGGACGGACGCGAGGGCUUCAUUCCGGCCGAGGUGGCCGGCCAUGGCUAUCUGUAGAUGGCCUUUGCCGCCUGGAAUGGGUUGCUUUGGGUGGAAUUAUCCUUCUAUAUGGAUUUUAGAGGCUGAAUGUAAUCUUUGGAAGCGUUUAAAGAGCUUAGUUUAAUCUUAGUUCAGAAAUUUCCCGUUCCCUCAUAUUUUUGUUGUGUUUAAAAUUCUUAUGAUGCUAUUAUAAUAUAUAUACAUACAUAUUAUAUUUUUUAUAACUUUCUAAAGUUUUAAUGAUGAUCAAGAAAUGAAAGUAAAGGAAUUUCAAGAUGUUUAUUUAAAUCAUCCAAAGUUUGCUUUCCACCUCUACUAUUCCGUUCCCCAAAACAUCCCAUUUCCUCCCCUAACCCACCCUAUAAACAAGUCAAGCUAUAUAUAUAGUUCACCUAGCACUAUAUCCACAUUAAACACCUUAUAAGCCAGACAUUUCAUUCGCGAUCCCUAGUACGCUUCUAGUUGUAAACUGUACUCCAAUCGGUGUCUGUUAUUGAAUACUUGUAUCAGUGUAUGUGUAUGUGUGUGCGUGUGGAUCCUUCCAAGGAUCUUGUAUUUAUCUAGCCUAGCAUUACGAGUAGUCUAUGUAAUAGAAAACUUGCUUAACGAAAAUCAAAGAGGAAAGCGCAGACGGAAACUAUUUAUAAAAGAAUUAUUGUACUUGAUGCUUCUACUAAAUAACAUAAACAUUUAAAUAAAUAUAUGAAAGUCAA